AUGGGGCAGCCAGCUGAUGGGAAGACGCUGCAGCUGUCAGAGGCGGUGGAGCUUGUUACCGGCCUGCCCCUGAAAGAGGUGUAUGACUGGCUGUCUGAUCACCAGCUCAACCAGGCCGCACCUGUGGAUCUGCGCCGAGUGAAGCCCGACUCGGCGCUGCUGGAAGAGGUGUUCCUCGGCACGCGUCCUGUGCAAGGGCUUGCUGAUGCUGAGGUGCGGGCUCUACACUAUGCAGUUCCAGCCCUCGACGUUGCUGGGCAGCCCGGUGCUGGUGUGUCAACGGCAACGGCUGAUGAUGUUGGCACCAUCCGGAGCGGCCUGCAGAAGAAAGCGGCGGGCAAGUGGACGCUCAAGUAUGUCUGCUCCCAUGCAUCCAAGUGCAGCUGCCCGUACACGCUGGAGUUGCGGCAUCCGGCUGGCAGCGAGGUGGUGAGCGUGUGGCAAACAGCGCCCCACCAGUUCCAUGACCCCACCAGCGCCGACAGCCAGGCCCAGCUCCGCAUGCACCCCCGCCUGGAGGCGAUGGCCACCGUGAUGAUCGAGAGUGGCGCCACGCCCACGUCCAUCUGCACACGGCUGAACAACAUGGUGCAUGAUCCGGCCGACCCGCUGGGCCUCGGGGGCGGGACUACUGGGCUGCAGCACUUCAGCAGCGCCCGUGUUAGCAUCAUCCCGCGGCAGAUCUAUGUGCUGAUAAAGAAGCUGCGGCGUGCUGAAGGCUUGGGCCUCACCAGCGACGUGCAGGCGAUGGCGGUUCUGAUUGAUGAGCUGAGAAGGGAGGGCUCUGUGUUGUUCUACCAGCCCUACAAACAGGCUGGCAGGCGCAGCGGGGAGCAGCCGCUGGUGAUUGUGAUGCAAGUGUCCUUCCAGGCGCGCAUGCUGGACCAGUUUGGGCGGCGGCUGGUGUUCAUGGACGCCACGUUUGGCGUCAACAAAUACGGCUACCCACUCUACGCGUUGGUGGUGCAAGAUGAGAGCGGGCGCGGGGUGCCGGUCAGCUUCAUGGUGUGCAGCUCGGAUACGGCGGAGGUGGUGGAGCACUUCCUGCGCACAUCGAUGGAAGGGGCACAGGCGGCAGGGGAUGGCACCUUCAAGUACAAGUCUAUCAUGAUCGACAAGUCGAAGACGGAGAUUGCAGCGGUGGACCAGCUGGUGUCCACCGGGCAUGCCGAAGGAUACCUGCUCUGCUACUUCCACUUCCUGCAAGAUUGGGAACUCGAUGAUGGCCUGUCCGGCUCGCCGCGCGGCAGCGGCCGCCUGCUGCAGCCGCCGGGGCAGGCGCCGCCAGACAUCACCGUAGCGGUGCCGCACGGCGGCGCCAACGGCGCCCACGCCUACGUGCCGCCGGCCACCAACAGCAGCCACCUGGGCGACUCGGACGCAGGCGAGGGCGUGGGCGGCCCCGCGGGAGGCGCCGCCUCCGGCUCCGACCUGUGGACCAGCCUGAGCGGCAACUUCUCCCGCGGCGGCGGCGGCGGCGGCGGCUGGCGCUCCGCCGCGCGCAAGCUCUUCUCGCGCGGCCACGACAUGGAGUCUGCGGGCGUGAACCACACGUACACGGGGGAGGAGAAGGCGCGGCUGAAGCAGUUCCAGAGCAUCGACUACCUGGCGCCGUCCAGCCGGGUGUACCGCCAGUGGCUCGCCGCGCAGCCCUGGGGCCGCUACUGGGACCGAUGGCUCAUGAUGGCGCUGUCGGGCAUGGCGGUGGGCCUUGUCGGCUUCUUCCUCCACUUCUUCAUCCACGUCCUGUCGGCCACCAAAUACCACGGCACGCGCUGGCUGCUGGCGCACACGCACGUGGUGGUGGGCUGGAUGUUCAACAUCACCUUUUCCCUGGGCCUGGUGUACGCCUCCACCUGGCUGGUCAUCAACGUGGCGCCCGAGGCAGCGGGGGCAGGCGUGGCCGAAAUCACCGCGUACCUAAACGGCUGCUUCAUGCCCAAGGCGCGUACCAUCCUGAACAUCAAGACCUUUGCCGUCAAGUUCUUGUCUGCGGCCACCGCCGUGGGCUCGGGCCUGCCCGUGGGCCCCGAGGGCCCCAUGAUCCACAUGGGCGCCGCCGUGGGCGCGGGCAUCAGCCAGGGCCACAGCACCACGCUGGGCAUCGACACCGGCCUCUUCCGACACUUCCAGAACCCAAAGGACAAGCGCGACUUUGCGACAGCUGGCGCCGCCAUGGGCGUGGCAGUUGCCUUCUCUGCCCCCAUCGGCGGCCUGCUGUUUGUGCUGGAGGAGAUCGCCUCGUUCUGGCAACAGGCAAGCCACCCAGCCGGCGCUGGCGCGCGGCGGGCGCGCAUGCCUUCCCUGGGCUGGCAGAUCUUCUUCGCCUGCAUGAUGGCGGUGCUGACCAGCGACACGAUGCGCUCGGCGCAGGCGGCCUGGGGCGAGGGCCAGUUUGGGCUGUUUGACAAGGAGUCGUCCACCGUGUUUUUCGAGGUGCAGACCCAGCUGACCAACCACGUGCUCAUGGUGCUGCCCGCCGCCGCCAUCGGCAUUAUCGCAGGGCUGUGCGCCAUCCUGUUCACCAUCCUCAACCUCAAGGCGAGCUGCUGCUGCUGCCGCGCUGUGGUACGGGCCCGCAACGAGUUCUUCAAGGGCAAGCCCGCCAAGUGGCGCAUGGCCGAGCCUUGCCUGCUUAUCAUCAUCUUUUGUGUGAUCAUCCAGGGAGAGACCAAGCCGCUCUGCCCUGACGGCACAUCGGAGCGGAUAAAGCGGAUAGUGGAGGAGAGCACAGAGCUCUACACAUGCAGCAGAACGGCGAGGGACUCGGAGAUCCCGCCCGAGUGGGACCCCGACGGGGCUGGCGGCAUCAGCGGCAACAUCACCGUGCCCCGCUCCUAUAAUGAGCUGGCCACGCUGAUGAGCGUCACGGCCGGCUCCGCCAUUUCCUCUGGCGUGUUUGUGCCCAUGCUGCUCAUCGGGGCCUGCAUCGGGCGGCUGGUGGGGCUGAUAGGCGUGGACAUUGCGGCGGCACGCGGCCUCGGCUCCGAGGGGGCGCCGCCGGGCGUCUUCCUGCCUCCCUCACCCUGGGCCUGGAUCGACCCAGGGGCGUUUGCGCUGAUCGGGGCGGGGGCCUUCAUGGGGGGCGUCACGCGCAUGACCCUGGCGCUGGCUGUCAUCAUUAUGGAGAUGUCCAACGACGUGCGCAUCCUGCUGCCCACCAUGGUUGCCAUCAUGCUGGCCAAGUUUGUGGCCGACUCCGCCACCCACUCGCUGUACCACGGCCUGCUGGAGGUCAAGUGCGUGCCCUUCCUGCCCAAGGAGCCCGCCACCCACAUGUCUCUAGAUCUGGUGGAGGUGCGGUACGUGAUGCACGCGCCCGUGGUGACGCUGCACGAGCAGAUGCGGCUGGGGGACGUCAGGGAUGUGCUGCGCAAGACGCGGCACAACGGCUUCCCGGUAGUGCGCGACACGCCGCAAGGCGGCGUGUGUGUGGGGCUGGUGGUGCGGGACCAUCUGAUGAAGCUGCUGGUGGAGGCGGUGAAGCGGGGCACCUGCCAGCACCUGGAGGUGCCGUUCAGCGAGCUCAACCGCCAGUUUGUGGAUGCUUCUGCGUUGGAGAGCGAGGCGGCGCAGCAGAUGGCAGUGCUGGAGGGCCGCCCGUUGACCCCCAGCCACUUCCCUAAUGACCCCAACCUGUGGGACGAGACGCUGGACCUCACCCCCUACAUCAACAGCUCAGCCAUCCGCGUGCCCGAGAGCUACACCCUGGAGCGGGCCUACAUCCUGUUCUCCACCAUGGGGCUGCGCCACCUGGUGGUGGUGGAUGAGCACAACCGCGUGCGGGGCAUGGUGACCCGCAAAGACCUGCUGGGCUACCGCCUGGAUGAGGCUGCCAAGCGGGCGCGCGUGGGCAUGCAGCCGCAGCCCGCCGGCAGCGGCGGCGUGGAGUCGCCGCACCACUUGGAGACGCCGCGCCUGGGGCCGCUCAUGCCGUCCGACGCCACGCCCGACCGCUUCUGA